GUGCCAACUAGCAAGUUUCAGACGGCACAAUCUGCUUCGACACUGCGCAGGACGCAGCCCCGCUAUCGCCUCAGGUGACAAGGACACUCUUCUUAGGAUCUCGUGAGGUUAUUUGCCUUGAACUUGAAUCAAAUCAUUGCAUAUUGAGAUCAGGUGGUUAUGGAAACCAAUAACUGGGGGCCUGCACAAGGUGGUGAACCACUGAUGGAUGCAGGCGAUUGGAGGACUCAGCUACAAGCAGAUUCGCGACAAAGGAUUGUCAACAAGAUAAUGGAGACUUUGAAGAGGUAUCUACCCUUUUCUGGACAAGAGGGACUACAAGAACUUAAGAAAAUUGCUGUUAGGUUUGAGGAAAAGAUCUAUACUGCUGCAACAAGUCAGUCUGAUUAUUUGAGAAAAAUAUCUCUGAAAAUGCUGACGAUGGAGAACAAUUCGCAAAAUACUAUGGCUAAUUCUCUUAUGUCCAACCCUUCCACUAAUAGCAAAAAUCCUUCCGAUCCAGCAUCUCACAGCAUGCAGUCCCAAGUUAACAACCAAGGGCAACCACUUCCUAUUCCAAUGGCGACCAAUCAGGCUCAAGUAUGCCAACAGCUAUUAUCCCAGAAUAAUAUGGCAGCAACUGGGGUACAAGGUUCUGCAAGUUUGACACCUUCGCUACCUCCUGUUACCAGUCUAAAUCAAACCACCAUGUCAAAUGCUGUUGGUCAGAAUUCCAACUUGCAGAACAUUCAAAAUAUCUCUGGGGUUUCGCAGAACUCAGUAGGAAAUUCAAUGGGGCAAGGGGUUCCUUCUAAUAUUUAUGCCAAUUCUCAGAGGCAAAUGCAAGGAAGGCAGCAAGUUGUUCCCCACCAGCAACAGCAGCAGUAUCAGAAUCCACAACAGUAUCUUUACCAGCAACAGUUGCAAAAACAGCUUUUGAAGCUGAAAUUCCCACAGGGGAAUAGCACACAUUCACUCAUGCAAUCUCACAUGCACCAGCAGCAGCAACAACAACAAAACCUAUUUCAAUCAACUCAGUUGCAGUCUUCUCAACAAUUUGUUAUGCAGCAUUCUGUCAUGCAAUCAGCUCCACUAUCUAACCUUCAACAGAAUCAGCAGACUUCUGUUCAACAGUCAACACAACCUGUGCUUCAGCAACAUCCACAAGCAAAUUUCAGGCAACAACAACAGCAACAACAGGGUCCCAUUAUUCAUCAACAGCAAACGGCGGUGCAGCAGCAGCAGUCAAUGUUGCCAACACAACAGCAGCAGCAGCUAAUGGGGCAGCAGCCAAAUGCUACAAACAUGCAACAGAACCAGCUACUUGGUCAACAAAACAGCAUUCCUGACAUGCAGCAGCAACAACAGCAGCUUCAGCAGCAGCGAUUUCUGGGCCAGCAAAAUAAUCUUUUGAACCUGCAGCGGCAACAACAGUUAAUGAAUCAGCAAAACAACCUCUCAAACAUGCAUCAACAGCAGUUGGGCCCUCAAAGUAAUGUUGCUUCACUACAGCAGCAGCAUCAAUUACUAGGCACGCCAGAGACUCUCAUAACUUCUUUGGAUUCGACAGCUCAGACGGGAAAUGCAAACACUGGCAAUUGGCAGGAGGAGGUCUAUCAAAAGAUUAAAGCCAUGAAAGAGAUGUACUUACCAGAACUGAAUGAAAUGUACCAGAAAACUGCUGGAAAAUUGCAGCUGCAUGAUUCCCAUCCUCAGCAGCCAAAGAAUGAUCAGCUUGACAAGCUCAAAAUUUUCAAGACUAUGUUGGAGAAAAUUAUUUCAUUCUUACAAGUUCCAAAAAGCAAUAUUGCACCUGGUUACAAGGACAAGUUGGGUUCUUAUGAGAAGCAAAUUAUCAGUUUUCUUAAUUCAAAUAGGCCCCGGAGGCCUGGUUCUGCACUUCAGCAAGGGCAGCAACUUCCCCCACCUCAUAUGCAUUCCAUGCAGCAAACACAGCAGCCACAAUCUCAAAUUACUCAAGUGCAGCCACAUGAAAACCAAAUGAACCCCCAGAUGCAAUCGAUGAACUUAUUGGGUUCUGUUGCAACAAUGCAGCAAAACAACGUGGCGAAUUUGCAGCAUAAUUCGUUGUCUUAUUUAUCUGGGGUAUCAAGUGCAUUGCAGAGCAUGAUAAAUCCACUGCAGCCUAUUUCCAGUAUAGAGUCAGGUCAAGGAAAUGCACUGAAUUCAUUACAGCAGGUUGCAGUGGGAUCUCUACAACAAACUCCUGUGAGUGCUCCCCAACAGGGAAAUGUUACAUCCUUAUCAUCACAGGGUGGGAUGACUGUGCUACAGCCGAACCUUACUCCCCUUCAAUCAAAUUCCAAUAUGCUUCAACAUCAACAUCUAAAACAACAGCAUGAACAGCAGACGCUACAGAGCCAACAAUUGAAACAGCAGUAUCAACAGCAUCAGAUCCAGCAACUAUUGAUGCAAAAACAACAGUUACUGCAACAGAAGCAGCAGCAAUUGCAUCAGCAAACUAAGCAUCAGCAACCUGCACAGAUGCAUGCACAAGAAAUGCCACAGCUUCAUCAGAUAAAUGAUGUAAAUGACUUAAAGAUAAGACAGCAGAUGGGUCCUAAAUCGGAAAUGCUUCAGCAACAUCACUCAGCAAGCCAGUUGUCAGCUAAUCACCAUCAACAGUUGAAGUCAGCUCCAUUCCCUAUUUCUUCCCCACAACUUCUACAGGCUGCAUCUCCUCAAAUUCCUCAGCAUCCUUCGCUACAGAGCCAACUCACCUUUGGGCUUACUUGUGGAUUUUUGUUGUUAUUUCUCUUUUGGAUGUAUUUUUAAUGCAAAUAUGCUACAUGUAUAAUUUAGAAUUUUAAACUCAAUGUGGCGGACUUCUUCAUUUGGAAAUGUAAAAUCAUAACUUUACUUUUGUAAGAGCGUGUAUAAUAAUUUCAAGAGAUUGUAUUUGAGGCC